AUAUUUUUGAAAAUAUAUUGAAACUGUUGACUUUAAUAAAAAGUUUCAAAUCUUUAUGAAUAAGAAAGAGUGACUGUUAAUGCAUUAUAGUGUAACUGUUGAUCAUAUACUACUCAUCUCAGAUUCUCAGUAAUGGAUUUCAGCUGCUGUUCAAAGCUGUUCUUUGUUUUGUUCAUACUGUUUUUCUAUUUGUUACAAGUUUGUAUUUCCAUAGACACCAUCACAUCAUCUCAAUUCAUCAAGGACCCUGACACUCUACUCUCCAAAGAUGGUAAUUUCACCUUUGGAUUCUUUAGCCCUAUAAAUUCUACAAACCGCUACGUUGGAAUUUGGUGGAAGCUUCAAUCUACAACAAUAUGGGUGGCAAACAGAAACCAACCACUGAAUGAUUCUAAUGGGAUUAUCACAAUAUCUGAAGAUGGAAAUCUUGUGGUAUUGAACGGACAGAAACAAGUCAUUUGGUCAUCGAAUGUUUCCAAUAUAGCAUCCAAUACCACUUCUCAGUUUUCGGAUUUCGGUAACCUUGUCCUUAGGGAGAGCACAACUGGAAACAUCUUAUGGAAGUGUAUUCAGGAUCCUUCGGAUACAUUACUUCCUGAUAUGAAACUUUCUAUGAGCAAAAGAACAGGUAAGAGUGUAAACCUCAAAUCAUGGAAAAGCCCUUCUGAUCCAUCUGUUGGCAACUUCUCUUGCAGUACGUUUGAAUACCUACAUAUAAUUGAAGUGUUCGUUUGGAAUGAUACUCGUCCAUAUUGGCGCAGUGGUCCUUGGAAUGGAGAGGUCUUCACUGGGGUACAGACAAUGACAGUGGCAUAUUUUUUUCGUUUUCGAGGAGGUGAUGAUGGAGAAGGGAAUACUAACAUAUAUUAUACAAUACAAAAUGAUGAGGAAUUUUUUAUCUAUCACCUGAACUCGCAAGGAAAAGUAGAAAAAACAUUUUGGGAUGAAGAGAAGAAAGAAAUGCAAGUUAGAUGGACAAGCCGAGAAUCAGAGUGUGAUGUUUAUGGUAUAUGUGGGGCAUUUGCAAGAUGUAAUUCAUUGAGCUCACCAAUAUGUAGCUGUUUGAGAGGAUUUGAACCCCGAAAUAUACAUGAAUGGAAUAUACAUAACUGGACCGGAGGGUGUGUUAGGAGGACACCUUUGCAGUGUGAAAGCGUCAACAAUAAAACCACAAAUACAAAUCAAGAUGGGUAUUUGAAACUACAGAUGGUUAAAGUUCCAGAUUUUGCCGAAGGUUUAGCUGUUACACCAGAUAUAUGCAAAAGCCUAUGUUUGGAGAAUUGCUCUUGCCUUGCAUAUUCUCAUGAGGCUGUGAUUGGCUGUAUGACUUGGACCAGGAAUCUAAUUGACAUAGAACAACUCGAAAGUGGAGGACUUGAUCUAUAUGUUCGCGUAGCAUAUGCAGAACUUGAUCGAGGGAGAAACAAGACAAUCAUCAUUGUAAGUACGGUGAUUGUUGGAACUCUCAUAGUUGUCAUUUUUGCAUAUAUAAUCUGGAGAAGGACAUCAAAUCACCCAGGUGGAACAUCAGAAGUUCAUACUAGUGACAAUGUAAUUGGAGAAAUGUCCCAAGCUAAACUACAAGAGCUAUUAAUAUUUGAUUUUGAAAAGCUUGCAACUGCCACAAACAACUUCGACUUAUCCAACAAACUUGGACAGGGUGGUUUUGGUCCCGUAUACAAGGGGAAACUGCAAGAUGGUCAAGAAAUAGCAGUUAAGAGACUAUCUAGAGCAUCUGGCCAAGGGCUAGAAGAAUUCAUGAAUGAAGUUGUGGUCCUUUGUAAGCUUCAACACCGUAAUCUUGUAAGACUUCUUGGCUGCUGUGUUGACGGUGAUGAAAAGAUGUUGAUGUAUGAGUACAUGCCAAACAAAAGUUUGGAUGCAUUUAUAUUUGAUCCAUCAAAAAAUAAACUCCUUGAUUGGAGGACACGGUAUAGCAUUAUAGAAGGAAUAGCUCGAGGAUUGUUGUAUCUUCACAGAGAUUCUAGACUAAGAAUUAUACAUAGAGAUUUGAAAGUAAGUAAUAUCUUGUUAGACGAGGCGCUGAAUCCAAAAAUAUCUGACUUUGGUAUGGCUAGAAUCUUUGGAGGGAGAGAAGAUCAUGCAAAUACUAAUAGGGUUGUCGGAACUUAUGGCUAUAUGUCUCCCGAAUAUGCAAUGAAAGGACUUUUCUCAGAGAAAUCAGAUGUUUUUAGCUUUGGUGUUUUGAUACUAGAGAUCAUUAUUGGUAGAAGGAACUCAAGCUUUUAUGACAAUGAGCUUGCUUUGAAUCUAUUAGGAUUUGUUUGGAUUCACUGGAGGGAAGACAAUAUUUUGUCUAUAAUAGAAUCAGAAAUAUAUGAUCAUAAUCAUCACAUGAAUGUUUUGAGAUGCAUACAAAUAGGACUUUUAUGUGUACAAGAAUCAUCUGUAGACAGGCCUACUAUGGCUACAGUAAUUUCGAUGCUUGACAGUGAGGUUGCAUCUCUUCCUCCUCCAAAUGAACCUGCAUUCCUCUUGAUGCAGAAUAUCAAUCUGCCACCUGAAGAAAAUCAAAGCAUUAAUAAAGUCAGUAUUACAGAAGUAUCUGGCAGAUAGCACACUAUGGACUCUAAGAAAGGAUUUUGAGGAUAAUGGAUAUAUGGUCAAUACUAGAAUAUUUUUUAAUAUAUAAAAUUUGUGAGAAAAUAAAACUCAGUUGUAAUGGAAGACAUUCAUGUGGCUCUUUGUGUGGCAUAUUAAUAAUGGCAUAUUAAUAACGACUUUAUGUUUCUUCAA